CUGUAUUGACUUAAAGUACGAAGGAACGAAGACAAAACGUACGCGCGUGGAUUGUAUGUAGAACUUAAAGCCGGCAGCUUUUUGAUUAAAGAUCACGCAAGAAUUUGUUAAAUAUUACUGCUAAACAAUGUAAAUGGACUUAUAUUUUAUGUGAUACUCAUGGCAAUAUUGAGUUUUUGUGAUAAUCAAGGUUUUCUGUUAAAAGUGAGAGUGAAUUCACUAAAACAUAAGACCCUUUUGGUAACGAAUUUGUGUGAAGUAUAAGUACAAGGAUUUAUAUAUUAAAAAAGGGACAUGAUUGGUAGAACUUCAAGAACCCAAUAAUCAUUUUGAAGCCGCAAGGAAGGAUAAAGAAACUGGUCAGUCUAAAGCGGCAAUUGUAAAAUGGGGGAUCGGGGCGCGACGGGGGGCGCUUGGGGUGCGCGCGAUGAGGCCUCGUGGUGGCCUGGAAGCGCAGGGGAUCUACAGCAGCAGCAACAACAGCAACAACAACAAAUAAAUGAAGAAAUUGCUCGAAGCACAGCUGCUGCAACGCAUCAGUUAUAUACAUAUAAAAUGACUGGAGGUUUUUCAAAUAAUGGCGGUGAUAACUCUACAUCUAGUUAUGAUUACCGCCUUGUAUCUGGCUCUAAUAACAGAGAAGAAUCUCCUCAACAGUCUUGGUGGUAUGCAUCAGGAUCAGUUGAUUCUCACCAACAAGCGUCUUCUCCGGCGUCCCAGAACCAGUCAAGUCCGGAUCCGGAGCAAAGUGCACAGCAGGCAAAUGGUAUUCAGAACCAUCAGUCCUUGCAGUCGCAGUCGCAGGAGCAGGCCAUACAACAGCAGGGCCAGAUACAGCAGCUCAUCCAACUGAACUUGCGGAAGGAGUUGCAGCAAGCUCAGACUUUGCAGCAAACCUUGCAACAACAGCAGCAGCAAAAUCAACAACAGACGUUGCAGCAGAUGCUGCAACAGCAACAACAACAACAGCAGCAGCAGCAGCAACAGCAGCAGCAGCAGCAACAGCAACAACAGCAGCAACAGCUGCAACAGAGUUUACAGCAGACCUUGAGCCAAGCUCAAGCGCAGGCCCUUGUGCAAGCGCAAGCUGUGUUGCAGCAACAAGUUGCCCAGUCGUUGCAGCAACAGCAGCAAACACUGCAGGAUCACUUGCAGGCUGUACAGCAACAACAAAUACAGGCUGCAUUGCAACAGCAAUCUGCAUCAUUACAAGAGUUGCAGCAGCAAGCCCAGCAGCAACAGCAGGCGUUAAUAGCGCAGUCGGCGAACAAGACCGCCGCUAAGAUGCCGCGCGCACGCGCAUACAACAAGCCUCGCGGACGCAUGACCGCGUACGCCUUCUUUGUGCAAACCUGCCGCGAGGAACAUAAGAAGAAACACCCUGAUGAGAAUGUUGUGUUCGCUGCCUUCUCGAAGAAGUGUGCGGAGCGGUGGAAUACGAUGUCAGAAAAGGAGAAGCAGAGGUUCCACGAGAUGGCAGAGGGGGACAAGAGGCGUUACGACCUGGAGAUGCAAAGCUAUGUGCCGCCGAAGGACGUGAAGAUCGGCCGCGGCCGCCGCCGCCAGCAGUACAAGGACCCCAACGCGCCGAAGCGAUCGCUUUCGGCGUUCUUCUGGUUCUGCAACGACGAGCGCUCGAAGGUGAAGGCAAACAACCCCGAGUACUCGAUGGGCGACAUCGCCAAGGAGCUCGGCCGGCGCUGGGCCGCCGCCGAGCCGGAGACCAAGUCCAAGUACGAGGCGCUCUCCGAGCAGGACAAGGCGAGAUAUGACAGGGAGAUGACGGCGUACAAAAAGGGCCCACUAGGCCUCGUCCAGGCGGCCCCGCAGGAGGUCGAGGACGUCGGGGACUUCGAGGCCGACGAGGAGUACAAGUGAAGUGUUAGUGACUAGUUGUAUCGUACCGAACUGUUCCUUUGCGUAUGGUACUGUCGGCCCGGCGCGCUCGCAGCGCAGAACUUUACUAUUCAUAUCAUUUCCACGAGAUGCCGUGUCUAUAUUCAUCUAUCCUAAGACCCACCAUAUAAAGUUUUCAAAAUUAAAUUUGAGCCUUAUUCAAUAAGUAAAUUAGAAUGAAUUUCGUUUGUUUUAAAAAGCAAUUAAACAAAAGAAACGCUACUUUAUGUGGUUUAUGGAAGGUUCAAAUUAGAUUGGACGAAUAUAUACAGUCGCCAUCAGAUAUAUCGGAGCGGCCAAGGUGUUCACAAUAUCUGAACGCGCGCUCUAUCGCCUUGACAAUAGAGGCGUGUUCAGAUAUUUGUGAGCACCUUGGCUGCUCCUAUUUAUCUGAUGGCGACUGUACCAUGUACAUUUAGUCUCAGGAGGCUAUAUUGUUUACUAUACUUUUUUAUACUCUGAUCGUAAUUUUUCUUUCACAGUUACAUGGAAGUACUUUUGUUGAUGGCUAGCAUAAUCGUAAUCAUAAUAGGAGGGUUCCUAUAACAAUAAUAAAAAUUACCUACGGUUUAAAUUUAACACAACAUUUUCGUUUAGGUUUGACUUUUAUGAUCUGAAUAAAACAGAUUUUAGUAAAAAUAUUUACAUAGGUAUUAGAUUAAUUGGACCAUGGUUGUUAUUCUGGAUUAUUAUUAAGAAGUUUUACGGUACUUAGUUAACUAACUAAUCUGCUUUAGUUACUAUACUCAUGUCUAAUAAUUUGAAUGUUGGACACAUGUCAUCUUUACCCCUCAUUUUACCCAUCUGGCGAAAAGAAAGUAAUUGUAAAAGUUCUGUGUAGCGGCAACUUACGAGCGAACGCUCAGGGCCUUAUGGUUUGAUUUAGGCAGAAUACUUGUGUGGUACCUGUCUGGUUACAGGAUGCCAGUAUUAAUUCACCAUUAGGCUAACACUAAAUGCUAUGCGUCCAGGUUAGUUAAGUUUAUUGACAUUGGAGCAAAAAUUGAUUAUAGCCAUCAUGGUGUAAAGUUUGGCAAAAGGUGAGACGUCAAGACGUAGUGCUUGUACUCAAAACUUUCUUUCACCACGUUAGGCCAUUUCCUGACUUAGCAGUAAGGAAUCGAAACGGAUAAAUACAGUGUAAUGUAUCGAUACUGAACCUACAAGUCAGGCUACCGCCUUACGUAGUCUCCUUCUGGUUAAAAAAUAUAAAUACCUACUUAUAUUCCUUAAGAUUGUCGGGUUAGAUCCUUAAAAUUUACAUCGAUUUCGGAUCACAGCCAAAUAAGAAUUACAUACCUCAGAAACUAUGCUACUAUUGUCUCCUGGCUGAUGGGACAGAAUAACCACAAGAAAUAGUUGAUCGACCCACAUAAAGCCAUUAAAUUUUUCAGCCAAUUAUCGGAUAGUAAAUAUGUAUGUCCACGGAAUUGAGACGGUGGAUGACAUACGAGCCUACUUACCUGGAUGUAUAGUUAAUAUGAAUGGUUUUAUACUUCAAAGGUUGACCCAGUUUGCCUUCAAACUUUUAUACAUUAUUCGAAUAUUUUUAUACAAUCACAUGUCACUGUGGUCAUGGUCAUAAAUCAACAUUGAUUUCUAAGUUUCUUAUGAUUUAUUUUAUUUCUAACUCAAUUUCUGGUACAACCAAGGUCACACUAUGUAAGUACAAACAACAGCCUUUUGUAAUAAGGUAACUGUCAGUUAACAGUGUGGGAGGUAUGGUACCUUGCUCACGGGGCAAAAACUUAAAGUUCGUAUUUACAUAUUCACUUGACACUAAUGUUAGUAUUCACAUAUUUUUUGUCCCUUUGUACGUAUCGGUACUUUUCACCUCGCUUGUACAUUGGAGUUUCAAUGAAAUGAUUAGCAAUCUUACUAUUAAGAUACUUAUAAGCUAGCGUUAUUAAUGACCAUGACCACAUUUUAGAGAAAGUCAUUACAAAAUACAAGCCAAGAAAGGUUAGUUGGAAAAUAGUCCCACGUAAGAAAUUGUUUGAUCUGUUGGCAAAAUUUACAUAAUCUCAAUCGUUUUUUAUAGUGAUUAAAUGGUUAUAAUACGUUGUGUUUACGUGAUAUAAAAAUGCAAAUAAAAGAAUUACCUAUCACCUAUCAAUCGAUUUUAAGUCAUUUAAUGUUAACAGAAGUUACUACAAUGCACCUUACUGAAGCAAAAUUCCCUGCGUCCAAAUCUACCAGUUCCCCAAAGGCCAGGAGGCCAAUACGAACGUUCAUUUUGACAUCUAAAUGAUGUACUUUUGUUAACAUUCGCGUGAGCAUUUCGCUUGCACUUGUCAACACACGAUGAUGUCGAAUUUACGUUUGAUUUGAUUUAAACUUAACGCAAUACCAAUUGGCGACUGAGAUCUUACUUUACCCUUGUUCAGAUUAACCAAGAGUGAAACAGAUGGCAUUAUGACCUGAUUCGCCACUAGUUUUGCUGCAAGUAUAGCCUCCAGCGGGCGCAGCAAGGUUCCAUUUUUAUCGACUAUCUCUAUGCGCGUCCCUUUCGCACUUACAUACUUGUUAGAACGUAACAGGCAUGGUGACAAGAGAAAAAUGCGACCGUGCUACGCCGCCAGGAUGAUAUAUGUUUCUGCGUAUCUAUAUUUCAUCUUUGACAUAUCGUUUUUCGCCGACAUGGCCGGAAUUACGUUCAAUAAUAAACUUGUUCGUUGUGUUUUGUAUUUAGUUAAUUUGUCGCCUAGUGCCAUUACUGUAUUUGAUGAUUAUAACAUUUUGUGUUUAGAAUUUGAUAUCGUAAACUAAAAGCAUUUUUUGUUAAACAUAGAGUAGUACAUAACAACGAAAAUGAAAGUUUUUUUUAAAGUUCAUAAACAGUAUUAGUUUAGCAAACUUAAUGCGGAAAUACAAACUAACAAACGUAAGUCUACCUACUCUAGUACGGCUACCAUCAGUUUGGCAUUGACAUAAACGCUAUCGUGAAUGUAAUUUACUUUCUAUAUAUCUCUUUCGCACUAAUAUGUCAGUACGAGCGAGGUGCAUAGAAAGUAAAUUACGUUCACGAUAGCGUUUAUGUCAAUGCCAAACUGAUGGUGGCCGUAUAGUUAAUUCUGAAUAACUUGUCCUGUCGCAUGAGCGAACCGCAACAUGGGUUUGCUAAAUGUUUGCUUUGUUAUCCUGAUUUCCGGUACCAACUGAUGUUUAUACUCUAUUCUUGUCAGAUUUUGGGAUUGUAAAAGUAAGAAGAUUACGAGAAUGAAACCCCAUCACUUUUUUUAAGUACCGAUACCAGUGCGUUGUUGUUUAGAACCUUUAGUGUCAAUAAGUUAUUCGGAGUUUGAGCCCUACCCAUUGUUUUUGAUGAGUUGAUUGUUGAUUUUAUGUUAACGUUAAAUUUAAAGGUCAAAUUGGAAGGUGUGGCCUUAUACUUGCGAGCGUCAAGGCAGUACUUUAUUGUAUAGUGCCAGGAACAAAUGUUUAAAUUUAAGUAAAAAAUUAAUUACCUUUGUAAGUUGAUAGUCGUUAUCGUAUCGGGACGCGGACUGCGGACAUGUGUGAGAAUAAAAUGUAAAUAAUUAAAUUAUAUUCCUUUAUUAUACACUUAGAUAUAUUAUUUCUACUAGAACCUGACAUUCUGGAGAGUGAAACGGAUAAUUUUAUGUUCACAAAUAUGUUCCAAGUAUUAAAAUUGUGAAAAUAGAGACUGUGUACCGUGAUAGUACUUAAUUUAUAUUGUUGAAGUCUCUCGAGUAACGCUAGAUCGUCCUGUUUUCGCUUGUAUACCAGAUUAGUCCCAAUAUGAACACUGUGAACAUGUAUUGUUUUAAAAAUAUACUUUGUUGGAAAAUUCCUGAUUCUGUGUGAGAUGUAUCUAUUGUGAGAUAUCAAUCUCACUACGUAUAAAGAAAUCUCCAAUAGAUAACAUCUGUAUAGAACAUGGAAUUAGACUCCAGAGAGAGUAACAGUGGGAGGUAAGUGCAUAAAUGUAUGGAUCAGUAUGUUGUUUCAGGCGACGCCGCUUGGCACGAUUGUGCCUUGGAUCAUAUGGAUUCAUUUAUAAAAUUAUUAAUUAAUUCAGAGAUGAUUUUCUCGUCCCUAUUUUAUACGAAAAUGAAACCCAACCUGACCUGAUAGCUAUAGGUAAAUAGAAACCGAGCGCGAACUGGAUCCGCCUUCCUCCCUUCCUUUUUGAGGGGUAGCCAAGAGGUAAUCUCACGGGUAGGGCAUUAGAUCUGCUUUGUACAAUCCAGGAGCAAUCGUGCCAACUGACAUCGCCUGAGACAAGUGCAUACUCAAUUACUCCCUGCACUUACUUUCCCUACUAUUUAAGCAAUUCCAGAGACUAACUAUUUGUAAGAGUCCUGUGUGUAAACCCGUGGGCGAUAUUGUUUUGAAUAUCGUACAAUGUGCAAAACAAUAUAGUUUAACUUUUACACGA